AUGAAUAAAUCAUUGCUUCAGUCACCAAUCAAAUAAUAACAUCGCAAGAUUAUUUCUUAACAGUAAGGCAGCAGGCCAUUCCGAUUCUUGGAUAGAUUGUAGCUGUUCACAAAGCAUAGGAUACCACUUGUGGAGGAGACUCCAUAACUUAGUGAGCGAUAAUCAAGAAGAUUGAAAAAGUACUUUUCAGCAACGAUGAGAAAUUCUAGCUGCAAUUGUGUGAAUUGUGGUAAGAAUAAUUCAUUUAUACAAAAGACUUUUCAAUUAUUUGCCUUCGAAAGCAAGUAUAUUGAAUUAAUUUUAUACAUCUUAGCUUCAAUCGAAGAAAGAGACUCUAUAGAAGGUUCAGGAAGUACGUCCAUUGUGUGCAGUUCAUCAUUCGUUACAAGAUUGUGCAAAAAAUAAGAGACAGACAAAGGAAUAAAAUGAAGAAGGCAAUCAACUAGAAUGUUCACAUACACAAGCCUUCUGCCGUAGCCAAUUUGCUUGCGGAAGGAAUUAAGUAAUUUUUAUUAGUUGGAGUAAAGGUAAUUGAAACAACAACACCAUGUUGAAGUUUUGAAUGAACAUGAUUCCGACGAGGAGUUUUAUCAUUUUAAACCCAAGAUGCAUCAAAAUCGUAAGUCCUUUGCUCAUUUCCUCUCGUCUCCCAAGGGAUAAAAAAAGUUGGAACGAGUCUACUAUGUGAAAUAAGCCAAUAGACCCAUUAGUUAAUACAUAGCCAAUCGCUCAAAGCCGUCUACUACCCAAUGUUCUCCAAAAUCUAUCUUGCCUUAACUGAGUUCACUGUAUGAUUUCAAAAACUCAAUCUCGGUCAGACAUAUGAAAAAAUUCUGA